AUGGACGUUGAACAAGUCGCUGCAAUAGUCGGGGACAAAGUGGCGCUUCUCGUCGACUCCGAUGAGAGCGCAAUAGAGCACGCUGAGGUGACUUUUGCCGAAAGAAAUACACAGCUGACACUAGAAAUCGACGCUCUGAAGGAGAAAUUGACCACCCUGGAAAUUGUAGCUGGCUGCCUUCAAUACCUAGCCCCCGCACCUGGAAACCCCCUCGACGGCUUUGCAGAUGCCAUUUGUGGACCUGGUGCGUCUUUCCUAUUCUAUUUUGUAGUAAUGCUUCUGUGA